AUAUCGAUGAAAUGCUCUCAGUGCUUUGCGAUUUUCCCGGCACAAUGUAUCGGCCGGCAAAAUUACGGAAACUUUUUGCUUCACGAGCAUGUCGAAAAUCGGUUAUGAUUGGCACUGCGCUUACAUUGCCACAAAUGGAAAAGAACUGCCCGCAUGGUCGACCAACGCUUCGACAUCUGUGCAGUCUCAGCACAAAAGCAGACGACGAUAGGAGUGAGAAAGCACAGAAAUAAUA